UUACCUAUAAACACACACUACUAUUUAGUUUUAUUCAAUGGCUAUAAAAGAUAGAAUCCUGGUUCUAGGAUCCACAGGAUCCAUUGGAAGACACAUAGUUUGGGCAAGUGUUAAGGCAGGAAAUCCCACAUUUGUGUUGGUCAGGAGCAACACUUCUUAUGUCAGGGUAAGCCUUGUCAAAGCUGCUAAUCCUGAAACCAAGGAAGAGCUCCUUCAGAGCUUCAAAAAUUCUGGAGUUAUAAUAAUCGAGGGAGAUAUAAACGAUCAUGAAACACUGGUCAAGGCAAUGAAGCAAGUGGAUGUUGUAAUAUGUGCAGCUGGUAGACUACUGAUAGAAGACCAGGUCAAGAUUAUUGCAGCAAUAAAAGAAGCUGGAAACGUCAAGAGAUUUUUCCCAUCUGAAUUUGGGUUGGAUGUGGACCGUCACGAUUCAGUGGAUCCAGUAAGAGAAGUUUUCGUGGAAAAAGCAAAAGUCAGAAGAAUAAUUGAAGCCGAAGGAAUUCCUUACACUUACCUCUGUUGCCAUGCCUUUACUGGUUACUUCUUACGUAACCUCGCACAGAUUAAUAACAUCGUUGUUCCUCCUCGAGAGAAGGUAGUCAUUCUAGGAGAUGGAAAUGUCAAAGGAGCAUUUGUUACUGAGGUUGAUGCUGGCACUUAUACCAUCGAAGCAGCGAAUGACCCUACAGCCUUGAACAAAGCCGUGCACGUAAGACUCCCUGCCAAUUACUUGACCUUUAAUGAAAUCAUCUCUUUGUGGGAGAAAAAGAUUGGGAAGACUCUUGAGAAAACUUAUGUUCCAGAGGAACAAGUUCUCAAGGACAUUAAGGUAUUGAAAUCCUGGCUCCGUCCCUGUGUAGAGGCUUCCUUCCCAAAUAAUUACCUGCUGGCAUUGUAUCACUCACAACAGAUAAAGGGAGAUGCAGUGUAUGAGAUUGACCCUGCCAAAGACGUUGAGGCUUCUGAGUCUUAUCCUCACGUCAAAUACACCACCGUCGAUGAAUAUUUGAAUCAGUUUGUCUGAUUGCUGAAAUCUGAGGAAUUAACGCGUUAUGCACUUCUGUCACUCUACAAAAAUGCUCCAUAAAACCAACGACGCUUUUCCUUUUUUAUUUUUGUCAAAUUACUUGUGUUUGUCUUGUCCUUUACAAACCCUUCCUAUUUACGUAAUCUUCUUUUCAUCUAAAAUAAAGGUAACACUAUACCAUGCAAUCUUAACUCUUUGCCAAAUGUACUAAAUUGUUUAAAUAUUUGCAAAUGAGUAGA